AUGGCCAUCCACCACAGCGUGCAGCUGAUGGCACUGGCCUCUCUGGCGCUCGUCGCCGCGGUGGCUCCAGCCACGACGCACCUCCGCUUCUACAUGCACGACAUCGUGACGGCGGUGGCGCCGAGCGCGGCCACGGCGGUGCGCGUCGUCAGGGGCCUGACGCCGCUGCCCAACGACCCCACCAACCGCUUCGGCGACAUGUACACCAUCGACGACGCUCUCACCGAGGGGCCCGGCGCGGCGUCGCCGGUCAUCGGGAGGGCGCAGGGGUUCUACCUCUUCGCGUCGCAGACGGACGUCGCGCUGCUGCUCAGCGCCAACAUGCUCUUCACGGCGGGGAAGCACAACGGCAGCACCGUCGCCGUGUUCGCCAGGGACGCCAUCCUCGACACCGUCAGGGAGCUGCCGGUUGUCGGCGGCACCGGCGCCUUCCGAGGGGCUGCUGGAUACGGCCUGCUUCGGACGAAUACGUACAACGCCACCACCAACAACGCCGUGCUCCAGAUCGACAUGUACCUGCACGUGUAG